CUCUGCAUGGUGGCUGCUUAUGAGGAAGCAUGGCAACCCCUUUGUCGCAUCCCUCCGACUGUCGGCGGCCCAAGCCUCCGCCGCGGCGCCGGGUCGGAGUGUGUGAGUGAUGAGGGGAGACGGUCGCUGGUAGGGCCAGUUGAGGACCUGGUGGGCUGGCGGCUCCACAGCGCGGUACCAAACAGUGGGACCGCACGAGCGGUGGCAGGCGCGGGCUGCACAGUUAAAUUAAAAAAAGCCCCAGCCGCGUGUUGGACAAGGAUGAGCUGAGUUGUGGGCCGUGCGCAGGGCUCUUUGUCAUCAGGAUGGAUGGAUUCGAGCCUGGAGGUUGGAUUCUGGAGUGUUUGGGCAGGUGCGAUCGGCAGUCGUAGAACAUUCCAUCGGCAGUCAAGCGGUUGGCCGCCCAGCUUGAGGGCAUAAGGGACCUCUGCCCAGCCGUUUCGACCCGGCGGCACCAAGAUGAAUGACCAAAACCAAGACAUCACCAGGCCAAGACAGCUUGACCUCUACAAAGACCCAGCGCUGUGGGAGCCUAGGUUACCUAGCUGGGCACCUAGGUAGCUGGAGAUGUCGAGUCGACCGAGGCAGGCUGACCAACCAGCUUGCCGGCACUGCGCACCGGCUCUUCGUUUCCCGUCCCGACCAUUGUCAUUUUGUUUUGUUUUCAACGUCUCUCCAACGGCCCUCAGCGGGCACCGGGUCCAGCCGCGCGGCACCCGCGGAAACCGAAACGGCUGCCGACCCUGCCUGGGGGUUUGCCCUCUCAGUCAGCGGCGCUGAUUGCGCGGCCACUACUGGGUGUGUGCUGGGUGGCAGCUGCUGGUCAACGUGGAGACCAUGCAGCCCCGGCUCUGCAGACACACCACACGCACCAUGCAGCCACACGGUGCAGACACCACCCACCCUCCACCUUGCACGCCUCGAGCUGGGGGUUUUAGCGGCGAGCCCAACGGCCAGGGAACCCAAGGCGAAACAUGGGGUGCUGCACUGGGCGAGUCAGGUGCCUGGACUCCAGGCCCCGCCCCAGGCCCCUCCCCCUGCAAGCUGGGAUGGUGGCCAGUAACCCGAGCAAAGCGACUCCUGGCUUCUGGCACUUUUCUAUGGCUCUGGUGUGUUUAGCCUUUCGCAUGCGGGUCAGGAAGCCCUGCGCCGCCCGAGGCCGAGGUCCUGGUGGCCCAAGCCUGUCGAUCUCGGCAACCUUCUUUACAUCCGCAAUGCCCUGUCUCUAUCUUCCCCUCCCGAAACCCAUCCCAACCCAGGAAGCUGGCAUCACAUCCAAAAGACAAAUAAACAAACACCAAUAACCAGUACAGCUGCUGGCAACAGAUCCCCAGACCCAACCGCCCCAAGAUCCCAAGGCCUGCCCCAUUGUCGGUCUCGGCAUCAGCCUCAACACCAGCACCACCGCCAUCGCUCCAGGCCAUACAUCACCUCCACAUACCGUCAACCUGCCAGACGUCCACCAGGGACGAGCAAGGGAGGCCCACGAAAGACCGUAGAGAGCGGCCUCGGGAGCCAAAGGUUUGAUCUGACCUAGAAGUCCGGUCACCAGCUCCCAGCCAGAAAUAUCAUCACAUUGGUGCCCAGCCGACUGAGGGCCCCUCACCGCAAAGCUGCUGCCGUCCUAGCAGCUCCCACAGCCUCACGAUACCCCCUCACAGCCCCCCGCCGACCAUGGACGUCUCCGACGGCACAUGGUCUGAGUUGGGCCGGUCCAUCGCGCCCGUCUCGUGCUGGACCUGCCGGCGACGACGACUGCGGUGCGACAGCAGAUUGCCAACCUGUGCCAAAUGCGCCAAGGCCGGCUACCGCUGUCUUGGCUACGGGCCCGACAAGCCCUUUGUAUGGGUCGGGCUCGGCAGGCGCACCAGCAAGAAGGUCGUCGCCGCCAUGGCUGCCGCCGCCGAGGCCGCAAAAGCAGACAAGGCCGCCGAGAAGGCGUCAUCCUCGUCUUCGUCCUCCCCCUCAUCCCGCGGAUCCGGCGAGCUGGUCUUGGCAAAAAGGCCAUCACAGUCACAACAGUCGCGGAGAGUUUCGAGACCAGCAACCAUCACCGUCACGGCCCCUUUGCCGCCCCCAGAGCUCCUGCUAUGCCGACCCACAGAGCCCAUGUUUGUCGGCCACGACGCCAAGACGAGGGGAUAUAUAGAAUACUACUUGCGACGAUGUUGCGCCGAAUGUACCAUUCCCCAGGCGCCCGAGGAGGAAGAGAGGAUGAACCCAUAUCGCUCUUUUAUGGCCCUGAGUCAGGGCAGCCCACUUGUGCACAACACUGUCGUUGCCCUGGCCGCACACCAUCUCGCGGCCUCGUCCAGGCCCGCGCCAAAGGUGCUAGAGGCGCCAAUGUCGCCCGGCCGCUACGAUGACGGCGACGACGAUCAGAACGGCGUCUCCAACCCCUCUAUUUUCUCCGACGCGCUCACCCAUAAGAGCAAGGCCAUCAUCAACCUGCGCACAGCACUAAACUCGCUCGACCACUCCGACGCCGUCGUGGCCGCGUCGCUAUUGCUUAUCUGGGUAGAGCUGCUCGAGUCGGGGACCAAGUCAUGGCGGUGUCAUCUCGACGGCAUGGUGGCCUUGCUGACGGCUCGUAAGCAGCACCUGAAGAACGCAAUGGCCAAGGAGAGGAGGGAGGAGGAGCAGAGGAGGCAAAAUAUGCAACAGAGGCGGGGCUCGCCAGACUACCAUCUGAACGGCUCAUAUGGUCCUUCACCACCCGUAAACAGCGAGGCCAUGUCGUCACCCGAGCAGGAGCUGUGGACCUUCCAGAACUACUUUGAGGAGACGUGUUUAGUUCUGCACACGUUCGGCACGACCCUGACCACCAACAAGCAGGACCUGGGCGAGAUCUUUGGCGACAAGCAGGUGGACAGGAUACUGGACCGGGCCGAGACGCGCAGCUGGACGGGCUGCCCGGCACACUUGCUCAAGAUGGUGCGUUUGGUCAACAAGCUGCACGGCGUUGACGCAGCUCUCGACCCGCAGCCUCGGCAGGCCCACGAGCUGAUAAACCAGAUCGACGCCUUCGACGCCUGGGCCUGGGCGUCAAGCCACAACACGGACGCCAACUGGGUACAGAAUCGCCACCACCUCGCGUCGGCCUACAAGGGCGCCAUCGAGAUCUUUGCGCGCCGCGCCCUGCAGCGCCACCUCGAGGCCCACUGGUCUCCCGUCGCCGCAACGUGCGAAUACACCGACGUGGACGAGGCGUACUGCAGCAACAGCGCCAGCAGCGACGAGCCGACAUUUACUGACCCUUGGAGCGGCAUGCCAGCCGUGGCGCCCGCGGCAGCGGCCCCCUCGCCGGCCUGCUUCGCCCAGCAGGGGCAGCGGCACCUGGUCGAGGUGGCGCACACGGUCGCCUGGCACCUCAACCACCUAACUCCGGAGGACGCGCACUUCAAGGGCGCUCUGUGGCCCGCCUUCGUGGCCGGCGCCGAGGCCCGCCGCGACGACGACCGCAACGUCGUGCGCCGCGUAUUCGCCGAGAUGUACGGCCUGCUACACUGCCGCAGCGUCCGCCGCGCCAUGCAGGUGCUCGCCAAGACGUGGGCGUCCAGGCCCGUUGUGCCGCCCGCCCUGCAGAUCUCCGAGGAGGCCGAGGACGACUUGCUUGACUUCCACUACUCUUCCCCGUCCUCCAACGCUUGCGCGGACGAGUUCUCGUGGCUGGAGGAACUCUGCCGCAGCGGCGAGGAGCUCCUCUUGGUGUAGCGGUGGUUGGUGCUAGGAGACAAGCUGGGAAGGCAGAUGAUGGAACGCUCAUGAAUUCACCUGCAUUUCCCCCGCCGAGCGGGGGUGCGCACGACGACGACUGUUAAAACCACGUUCUACGACUUGUUGUUGUUAUCUUUAUAACCAACCUUGACACCUUUUGUUCCCAUCUAGGCCAUUUUAUUCACUUAGUACCUUUUUUUCUUCUUCAACCACUUAGUCGCCACUGCGGCGUUAAUUUCUUGGCAGAGGAACGCGACUGGGAUACGGCGGGCACAAGGAGGUUGCACGGAUAGUGCAAGUAGUGGGAGGGGGAAUGGCGGGCGGUGGAAACAACUCGACACUCUUGCGUUCUCUUUUGGGACACGGGCAAAAGCAGGGAGGGGGUUCUCUAUUUUGGGGGAUUUACCAUCCGUUACAGCAUUGGAUAGCGAGCAGUCGCGUGGAUCUUGUUGUCUUUUGGGUAUUUUUGGUCUUUCACCACCACCAAGAGGUUCAAAUAUAACUUCUCUCUUUAGAUGCA